GUCUCUCUCUGCCUCGCGCUGCUGCUGUCGGCGCUAGGCUGCCGCCGAGAGCGGAGCGGAGCGAGCGGCGCCGGCGCUGUGCAUGCUGGGCUCCGAUCAUGGUGGGCUCGCGCUAGAGGCAGGAAGGGCUCGAGCCAGUCCCCCCCUCGCCCCCGGUAGCCGCGCGCCUCCCGGUCGGCGAGUCCCGGGGAGAGAAGACACCGACUGGGAAGGGGGCUGGUACCCGCCGGCCGCUCGCUCUGUCCCGCACCGCAGCGCCCCAGGACCGCUGGCCGGAGGAGGAGGGGGAGGUUGCCCCGGGUGCCAGCCGCUGUGGGGGGACGGGACCGGACCGUGCCCCCCGCUGCUGCCCCCCGCGUGCCCAGCCCCGGGAGAUGGUGACACAUGAGGCGCGCUGGCAGGAGCAUGGUUGAAAGGACCAGCAAGUUCUUGCUGAUCGUGGCCGGCUCGGUGUGCUUCAUGCUCAUCCUGUACCAGUACGUGGGGCCGGGGCUGAGCCUGGGGGCGCCCAGCGGCCGCGCCCCGGCCGAGGAGCUGGACCUCUUCCCCACGCCGGACCCGCACUAUGUCAAGAAGUACUACUUCCCCGUGCGGGCGCUGGAGCGGGCGCUCGCCUUCGACAUGAAGGGCGAGGACGUGAUCGUCUUCCUGCACAUCCAGAAGACGGGCGGCACCACCUUCGGCCGCCACCUGGUGCAGAACGUGCGGCUCGAGGUGCCCUGCGACUGCCGGCCCGGGCAGAAGAAGUGCACCUGCUACCGGCCCAACCGCCGGGAGACCUGGCUCUUCUCGCGCUUCUCCACCGGCUGGAGCUGCGGGCUGCACGCCGACUGGACCGAGCUCACCAGCUGCGUGCCCGGCGUGUUGGACAAGAGGGAGAGCGCCGCGCUCAAAGCCCCCAGAAAAUUUUACUACAUCACGCUGCUGAGAGACCCUGUGUCCCGUUACCUCAGUGAAUGGAGGCACGUCCAACGUGGAGCUACCUGGAAAACUUCCUUGCAUAUGUGUGAUGGUCGGACACCAACCCCUGAAGAGCUGCCAUCAUGCUAUGAAGGCACAGACUGGUCAGGAUGCACGCUGCAGGAGUUCAUGGAUUGCCCGUAUAACUUGGCAAACAACCGCCAAGUGAGGAUGUUGGCUGACUUGAGCUUGGUGGGCUGCUACAACAUGUCUUUUAUCCCUGAGAACAAGCGAGCACAGAUCCUGCUAGAGAGCGCAAAGAAGAACCUUAGAGACAUGGCCUUUUUUGGCUUGACAGAGUUCCAGAGGAAGACUCAAUACCUGUUUGAGAGAACUUUUAAUCUGAAAUUCAUCAGGCCCUUCAUGCAGUACAACAGUACAAGGGCAGGCGGAGUGGAGGUGGAUAACAACACCAUACGGAGGAUUGAGGAGCUCAAUGACUUGGACAUGCAGCUCUAUGACUAUGCAAAGGACCUUUUCCAACAGCGCUACCAGUACAAGCGGCAGCUGGAGAGGAUGGAGCAAAGGAUAAAGAAUCGGGAAGAGAGGCUUCUUCACCGGUCCAACGAGGCACUUCCCAAGGAAGAGACAGAAGAGCAAGGACGCUUGCCCACUGAGGACUACAUGAGCCAUAUUAUAGAGAAGUGGUAGCCUACGCAGACUUUUAUACUGAAUGGGAUUCUAGGGUUUCCUGUUAAAAGAUCAUGGAAGUAAAAAUACAAAACCACCCCCAACAAAUCUUUUAUUUAAAAGCAAGUCUGUAAAACAGAAGGUAGCAUUCUUCUUUAAACAAUGGGUCUUUUUACUGUUUCUUACAAGACCAAUGAGAUUCUUAAAAAAAUAAAUAAAUACCUAAAAAAUAAAAAAGGGUCAACAUUAAAACUCAGAUUUAAAAAUGCACAAAUUCAGCCACCCACUUUUGAGGCCAAAUACAAUGUAAUGUUUCUUAUCCUCCCAAAUUCAGAAACAGAUGGCAGAGGUAGGAUCUUUUAUUAAUCUGUUUUUCCCCUGAGUAUAAAGACAGAUAUACAAACACACACAUGUAUAUAGAUAAUUUUUUAAAUCAAGGUUUCCCUUUGUUUCCCUUCUUUUUUGUGGGGGGAGGUUAAUGGGGGCGUUAUUUUUGUUUUGCUAAAGUAAGGAUAGUAGUGGCAAGGUUGAUUGCAUGCUAAGCUAUUAGGGUAUGAUCUAGCCACAGGGGCAGCUGCUUAGACUCAAAUGGCAACCACUGUCAAGAAAAUGGAGCAGAAUAAAAAUAAAAGAAGAAAGACAGCAGAGGAUGAGAAACAUUAAAGCAAAUUGACUGUGGCCUAGAAUAUAUACUUAGCACAAUGGUUUUGAUACAUUGCACUGGUGUCGCACAUGUACGCCACUUUACCAUAGUAACAAUAGUUAGUGAAUUCAUGCACAAACCUCUCCAGCUUCUGCUUCACAAAGAAGUUCCAAAAGCCAAAUAAAAGCCAACCAAAUUCCAUGUAGAAUCACACACGUACACACAGAUGGAAUCUUGUCACCCCUUCCCAUGUGCAAUACAUUCCUUAAUCAAUGUAACUUGUAAACAGCACAUGAAAAUCCUUUUCUGUACAUGAAACAAGCCAAGCAGAGAGAGAGAAUAGCAUCACUCCUGCAUGGACCUGCAUCAGGUAGAGUUCUAGUAAUACCCUGCAAGUACUCAGUUAUGAAUGGCGACAUGUUUAUUUUGCUGGGGUGUGUGUGUGUGUGUGUGUGUGAAAUGAGAUCUUAAUUACAGAGAACACAUACUUACACAUACCUAAAUUUCAAAAAUGCUAAUUUUUUUAAAGAUAAAUUAUGUUCCCAAUCCUGUUCCCACCAAAGUCAAUAGCAAAACUUCCACUGAUUCCAAAGGGAGCAGUCUGGGACCUUGUUCCAGGGCAAUAAGAUUUCCUGCUACUGGUCUGAAUUAAUCUGGUGACAGUGCAUGCUGUAUUUUGGCAGAAUGGCCUUUUCUGUACAUCUUAUUUUAAACAAGGUGCACUCAUAAACCUGGAAAGGGAAAUCAAUGGUAAUGGUUUUCAGUCUCAGGCCCUGAUCAGACCAGCACCCUUCUCAUUUUGAGAGAGUCUGGUAACUUUCAUUCCCCAGUCUGUGGCAGUCUAACCAGCUUCUGCCUACUCAAAUCAAUUCAGAGAGCAGCAAUGGAUUGUCACAUUUCCCCCACACUCUGUUCAAAUCUGUCUAUUUUUUGUCGUUGCUAUUGCUAUUCUAAGCACUUCCGCGUUGGUCUGAAGCAUGCAAAAGAAGCAGGUUUUGUCUGCUCCAUACAUCACCCAUUAUUACUUGGCCCCUAGGACCUGAACUGGCUACUGUUUAGGGUGAAGUAUGAAUCAAAUGGGAAACACCUUGAUUUUCAGAGGCUGUGUUAACUGCAGAUCAAAUAUGACAGUGAAAUCACAGGAGGAGAGCCAGAGAGAUAUAUUCAGCUCCAGCAUGUCCUUUUUACAGAGUUGUCUUUCCCUUUACAGGAAUGUACUGAAGUGUUGCUCACUUUGUAUUUUAAUUCUCUCUCUGCCUUUGCAUGCUGUUACCAACACUGUAGAAUUCAAAUUGAGUUUUGCAGGGGAGGUGGAUGCCUGCUGCAGGAGCUGCCUGAUUUCCACGACAUAAACUGUGAGCAACACAGCUUGCUUUUGUAGGUGCUCUUCCCUAAAAAGAGGAAAGAUGACAGAGCAUCUGGACAGAAAACCUGAGCAACACUUGGGGUUAAAACAUAACCCUAUUAUGGCUCUGAUCCAGAGCCCAUUGAAGUCAGUGGGAGUCUUUUGUUUGAUUUCAGUGGGGUUUGGAUCAGGCCCUCACAGCCUGGGCCAGCAGAGUACUUACACAUCUUAACUUUAACCAUAGUGAGACAUGCUGAAGUGCUGUGUUACAUCAGGCUUAUCAAUCAACACCUGCUAGUGUUGUGCUCUUUAAGGGUCUGUCAGUGUUUCCAUUAAGAACCGCUCCCGGUUUUCAGAGGUGUAUAACAUGGCCAUAAAUAUUUGUUCCGGGCUGAAAUGUGGAAAGCAAAACCUCCCCUUCAAAGGAAUUUGGUUUGGGGGCAGAGGGUGUUACAAACCCAUUCCUUCACCUCUAAAUUCCAGGAUUAGGAAUAACAAUGCUUGCUAGUUCCCAAUGCUCAUGUGUGUUGCUGUAACUAAAGAAAACAUUGACUUUUACAAAAUGCAGUUUUACAGGCUGUUUAUCCACAAAACUAUACACGAGCUAUAAAAAGCAACUGUUUUAUGUGCACACUAUCAAACUUUACCCGAAGGCUUCUCACUGUGCAUUCAGUGUUAUGGAUCCAUAAUGCACAAAUAGUUACUAAACUAAUCCAUAUUUAAAGUACGCAUCCAAACAGCUCCACAAGAGAGCAUGCUGUGCAGUACUACAUACACUGGUACUGAGUUCUGAGAACAAUUCUUAUACUGAGGGCCAAAUUCUGCCUUCAUUUACACAAAGGUUGACAAUGAAUGGAGCUGCCCGAGCAAGGCUGGCAGUAGAAUUUGGCCCAGUCUGGCUAGGUUAUUUCUGCAUUAUGGGUUCUAAAUAACUGGCUGAAUUUUAGUGGAUCUGUCUACAUGGUUCAAAAUUAGAAGGAACCUCUGACCUCAAGAGCGUGUCAGGGGUAGACUUCUUUUCAACAUUUGCUUUGUAAUAUAUUACAGUAACCAACAAAUGAAAUGAAACUACAGAGUAUUGUUAACAGUUCACUUAAACCCACAAAAGGAAGAAGAGAGAGGUACGAUGAUUUUUAGUGGUCUGAGCUCAGUCCAGAGAGUCAGAAAUUUCCAUGUUCAAAUCCUGGCUCGGACACAUCCCUUCAGUUCUGCCUCAGUUUCCCCAUCUGCUCAUUGGGAAUAACAAUACUUACUGCAAAGAAGCGUUGUGAGGGUUAACUAGUGCAAAGUGGUGCAAAAAUAAAUUCUAAGUGUGAUUAAAGGAAACAAAGGAUACCCAGCCCGCUAUGGCCAGUUGUUUGGCCAAAGACCUUACACUAAUUUACUCUUAAGGGCUGGGUGCCAGGCAGUAAGCUGUAGGAUACAUCACUUGUCUGACACAGAAUUUUCUUGCUUUAGUGGGCUUAAAGGAGCUUCUUUGACAUAAUGUGAAUGUAGUUUAUUGUGAUUUAUAUGUACUACAAUUUGGAGUGGUACCAGUUUUUAGGAGCAGAUUAUCUGAUGCUACAAUAACAUGAAAAAUGUAUGUGUAGUUUUAAAAUUAAUAGACACCAUCUGCUUUAAGAAACUCCAGUGGAAUUAUUGGCCAGAUAUUUUGUUGUUGUUAAAUAUGUGCCCCUCUCUUCCAAUACAUCUCCCCUGCCGCUCCCUGAGCUUUCUAUAAAUUUAGAGCUUCUUAUAUACAAUGCUUCUUCAUUAAGCAAGGAAAUAUUUCAUAACAGCAAUAGGUGUAGUGAAGACAAUGGCGAGAUUCUGACAAAGACUCCCAUUGAAUUCAAUGGGAGUUGAAUCCGGUCCCAAGUCAAUACAACACUCGCUAUUACAUUGUUUUCCUGCUAUGAUUGCAGGGAGCUUCCAGGGAAAGUCUUCACUGCAAUUGGGAUCUUUAUGGGGUGUUAAUGGGAAUUUAUCCAAGCAUUAAUGCUUAGUGUGAGUGGUUACAUUGGAGCUGCAUUGUUGGCACCAUGAACGACCAUGGCCUGACUCUCCAUUUUCUUAGAGUUUAUGUUGUCAUUACACCUGUGCAAAAAGAGGUGUGACAUGCUCCCACCAGUGUGCAGAGAAUUCUGAUCCAGUAGCACGUCGCUUUCACUUUGCACAGCUAUAAGUGCAAGAACCAGGCCACCGUGUGCUUUUAGACUCCUGAAAAGAGAAACUUCGCUGCUUGAAGUGUUUCAGAGUAACAGCCGUGUUAGUCUGUAUCCGCAAAAAGAAGAACAGGAGUACUUGUGGCACCUUAGAGACUAACAUGCUCUAAUAAAUUUGUUAGUCUCUGAGGUGCCACAAGUACUCCUGUUCUUCUUUUUGCUUGAAGUGUGUUGUUGCUGAUGAGCCUGAAUCUGAAUGGUUCUACUGAAUGAGAUUCCUGCCCACACAAACACUAGCCAGCCAAUUAGGUGCCCCUUUUUGCCAUGCCCGUUGAAAAAUGUGCAGUAUUGACUGGAAAGGAUGCUGUGUCCUGUAACUUUUUGCCCAGUCAGUUGUAUCUUACAUUGUAGAGGUAGGCAAAACAUCUCACAACAAAGGGUUCUUUGUGAAUGAAAUACAAUUUACCACAGGUCAUUUUUCUGGUCUUUAUUUCCUUUCUUCUCAGGCUGCUCUCUUCCAUAGAUUUCCUGCCCAAAUUUGUGUUAGAACACUUUAAAAGCAAAAUUUUGGAGUGAAUUUAGUGUGAUUCAGACUGUGUCACUCCUGCAAGCUGCAGUCCCAUGCAGGGGUGCUGGAACAAUUUGUGAAGUGGGGGUGCUGAGAGCCACUGAACCAAACUGAAAACCCCCUAUAUGAUGGAAACCACUUCAAGCCAGGGCAUGCAGCAGCACCUCCAGUACCCCUAGUUCCAGCACCUAUAGUCCUAUGUCUAUCCAAAAAAGGAUAGCAUAGGCAGUAGCAUCAAAAGCCUCCAGUGUGCUUUUUGAACCGUUCUUACAAUUCAGACUCCAUGGUCAUUCGCUUCUUAGCUUUGUUCCUCUGCUGGCAUCACAAGCAAGAAAGUACAGCUGUCAAUAGCGAUGCAGACACUUGUCCAUUAGAAAUUAGAUUGAGGCACAGAGAUCACCUGCUCACUUGACCACUGAACAGCUAUCAUAUGGUAUUGACCGUGUUAUUACUGAGCAAGGUAUGACUUUGAUUUGUGACAAAGUUAAAAGGCUCCAUUGCCCUUUAUUACCAAUUCUUUGAGCCAGCCUCCCGCUCUGGAAUUUUUUGAAGGUAACAAAUAGGUAGCACUACAGUAAUCUGCACACAGGCUUACUAAAUGUGGUAUUUCAAAGGAUAUGUUUCGGUAUGCAGUCCACAUAAUUUGCUGCAUUCAAAUCACAGUGCUACUGGGUUAGCUUUUGUUCUCGUUUUUGUUAAUAUUCGCAUAUCAUGUUUCAGUAGCAGAAAUGAACUGGCUGAAUGCUACUAGAGCCAGGCCUUUAAAGCACAGCUCAGUUAGCAGUAGAUCCUGUUAAAACAAUGAUCAGUGGGUCCCUCACACACAAUCAGAGUUAUCUGUGGCUGCCUGUUUGUCCUAUCUACAGGAACUCUGGCAAGGGGAAUGUGGUCCUUAUAACCACCUGGGUAUUAAAGCUUGCUUUGCCCACCCUAAGGGUGGUGGUUUUCAGUACAAUUCUUAGCCAUCCAAGAUGAAAAGCAUGAUUUGCAAUCAAGCCUUUUUCUUCCCCCAAGUCCCCACUUCCUCAGCCCUCCCAGGGGUCCCUUCUACAUACUGGAUUGAGAGAGCUGUACUAUAAUUAAUUUUAUAUUAAAAUGGUUUCUGAGCAUGAUUUGUUUUGUACAUAUUGGAAUAUGUUUUUAACUUAUUUUUAUUGCCCCUUUUCAUUCAUUUUAAUUGCUUUUUUUAAAAAAAAACAACUCAGAUGUGAAGUUUGUGUGUGUAUAGUCUGCCACGCAAAUGAACAGCAGCCACAGGAUUUACCACCAGUUUUAUUGGUAAUGGAGCUGAUUUUAUGUUGAUGUCAUUUGCUUUUGUCUGAGGUUUCACUUGUGUUCUCUUUAAUUUCCACUCUGCUGUACAAGGAAUACCGCAGAGGUAAUGGACAAUGGAGACGGAGCAUUCAUUUCCUUCCCCUUUCUUGUGUGUUUUAUCUACCAAGGAACUCAGUUCUUAUCUCUAGGAGUUGUGUGACUGAGGGUAAAAACUAAAAUUAAAAUAAAACCCUUCACUCCUGUUUUCCCCCCAGUUGUAGAUCAAACAGAUUCAGCUUCUUUUAAAAAGCAUAGUGGCUGAGGCCAUCCACCUAAGUAUUUCCAUUGGGCUGAAUCUGUAUGGUUUGCACUUUCAUUUUGGGAAUUAAAAAAACUGUUUAACUUAAGCCAAGUACCACUUAAAGCUUUAUAUAUUUAUUUAUAGCAUCCUACAAAAAGAAGUGUUAAGGUUUGUUUGUUUUCUUUCCACAAAAAAAAAAUUGAUUCAAAAUAAUAAUCUAAUUGUUUUUGUCUAGAUCAAGAAUGAAUGUUAGCAGAUGAAAUAAACCCUAAAACCGA